AGGCCAGAAUGCUGAAAUAAUUUGCCAUUCCCUGCUCCAGUGGACCACAUUUGUCAGAACUCUCCAUCAUGAUCCAUUAGAGAUUUGUAGGUAUUUAUAUUAAAUGUUUGUUUUCUGCAAGGCAUUUUAAUGCUUCUAAUUUACAUAUAUUCUGUAGGAAUCAUGUGUCAGUGUCUAAAAAUAUUACUCUUCCUCCUUUCUUUUCUCUUAGAGAUAACAUACAAACCAUUUAUGCAAGAGCAUCCUGAGUUACAAGAAAACUUUAGAAUCCUUAAAUGUACAGCCAAAGUAGAGAACUGCUGAUUGGAACGAUUUUAGAGCUCUGCCCGUAGUACAUUAAAGCUUCGUUGCCUGCGUAGUUUCUCCUUCCUCACUGAUGUGUGGUUGACUUGUGUAUCUUCUGUUAUAUUGUACCAGGGCACAGUUACGCUCCUGGCACCUGCCAGAGUGUGUCAUCUCCGAACUCAUGACAGAUGAUCCCACGUUGCUACAUUUUUCAACUGUUGUGUCUUCCUUAUUUUUGCACCUGUACUGUCAAUUAUUUGCAGUUGCAUGCUCUGCAGGUAGCACCCUAUGCUGUUCCUUUUAUACUUUUAUUCAGCUGCUUCAAACCAUAUGUGAUUUGGGAGACAAGCUGAUAAAGUCCUUCAAGUGUGUGCCCAUAAUAAGAGAUGGUAGCUGGUGAACAGUGGUGCCAAGAACCCUUUCCCCAGGGCACACAUACUCUGGAACAGCCACUUUGAUCCUUUCUGUUUUUAGCUGUUGUGAGUAGCAGGGGUUGCCAGGAGCUUCUCCGAUCCAUGAAUUGUUAUGAUGGAGUUAAGAAGAACUGAACUUGUAGAAAGUAGAAUAAUAGAAAUCCAUUUUGCCAUAUGCAAGGGAAGUUACUAUUGUAUAUAUUAUUAUAUUAUAUACUCUCCCCCCACCUUUUUUCCUUAAAAGCCUGAGUAAAGUAAAACAGUAUUAACACUACAGGAUGGAAGAAAACAGUUUUUGACUAACACUGAGAUGUUCGGAUGCCAAAUACAGUCAAAUGGAAAUGAUGACUGCUUGGAUCCACAGACUCUUUCUUAUCAAUACAGCUGAUGGCCAAACGUCUAGAAUGUGAUAACACUGUAUGCCUGUAUACAUUAUUUCUCACUCCUGGAGUAUAAAAAUCAAUUGUUGCUACUUAGUAAUUUCCCAAGAGUAAAUUAUUUAUGAAAAAAAAUUGAGUCUGAAUCUCAAGGAUAACUACUCAUUCCUCUUGGGAAACACCCAAACAGAAAGGAGUUUUGGGUAGGUGAAGCUAUCACAUUAGCUCCUAGCACAGUUCUUCCUCAAGCCUAUGCAGUUAGUCUUGCAUUAAUAGUUUCGGUUAUUUGGGGAUAUGUCAGACAGCUCUACUUGUAUUGGCAUGUCUCUGCCAGCCUUCCUAGCGCUUACACAACAGGAGCUCUCCUGAGGCCCUCUGUAAUCUUGUCAUACAGCAUCAGAGCAUGUUGUAUAUCCACUUUUAAAUUUUUUAAAUAAAAUUAGGAAGAAGGGAGGGUAAUAAAAUAAUAUUUGCACAUGGGUAAAAUAAAUCAGAUAUUACUGAAAGUUUUUAUGGUGAAGAAUAGCAGUCCCUUUGUUUCUUCCCCAUCCCCAACUUCCUAAAGGCAUCUACGGUUUUUAGCUAUUUGCUCUGAUGUUUACCUAAAUAAUUAUGAAUAAUAUACUGCUAUUUCUUAUCAAUAUUGGACAUUAUUCACUUUCUUUAAGAAAAAUGAUGAAGCAAAAACCAGAUCCAUUUGCUCAGUUUCUCUGGUCUGAAUAUUUGUGUCUCCUCAAAAUUAAUGAAUGUUGAAAUUCUAAUGCCCGCUGUGAUGGUAGGAGAGUGGCUUUUGGCGGGUGAUUGGGUCAUAAAAGGACAGAACCCCCAUGGAUGAGAUUAAUACCCUUAGACAAUAGGCCUGAGAGAGCUCCACUGCCCUUCGCCACAUGAGGACACGAAGUCCACAGCCUGAAAGAAGGCCCUCACCUGAGCAUGGUGGUGCCCUGAUGUUGGACUUCCAGCCUCCUCCAGAACUGAGAGAAAUAGAUUUCCGUUGUUUAUAAGCCACCCAGUCUGUGGUAUUUGUUACAGCAGCUCAAACAGACUAAGAAACCAACUUUUUUUUCUUUUUUUUUUUUUCACUUAAAGCAAGCUUAUGUAAUUAUGAUAUAUGAAUACUACUCAUUGCAAGGGCAAGUUCUAUAUAUAUUACAUUAUGUUCUCUUCCUGAUUUAGCCUUUUUCCUAGGAUUUUUAUCUGUCCCUUUCUCAUCUACUUAGGAAAUUUGCUUUAAGCGCAUCUCUAAUAGUUUAUAAAUAUUCCUUUAUAUCAACUAUUCUUUGAGUCUCUUUUUCCAGGAGAACACCCCUAGAGCCCUUUUCCCUCCUCCAGUCAACUGGUUGCGCAUCUUAUCUGCUGCACGGCUGUAAUCUGUGGACUUCUAUUCUACUCUUGGAUGGAAUUUACUAAUUACUCCAUCUCCCAUGUUUUUGGUGGCCUUCAUCUUAAAAUAGUUUCUCAAGAAAAGAAUCUGUGGGAGUAAUUUUUUCAGCCUGUAGCAUGCUAGAAAUGUUUUUAUUCUGCUUUAUAUUUGGUAUGUAAUGUGGACAUUAUAGACUGAAAAUCAUUUUUCCUUAGAGUUUUGAAUGCAUUGUUAACCUUUUUCCCCUAAUUUUCCAGAAUUGCUAUUGAGAAUUUGACAUUCUGAUGUUCAUUCUCUUAUGCGUGUCCUGUUCCCACCCUGCACCCAGGGUUUUUCUCUAGUGAACCUUUAAAAACUCAUCAUGUUUGGAUACUCUGUGGACCCUUUCAAAGUGGGAUUUGGGUGCAUUGGCUUCCAAACAAGACUUAAUGUAAUUUUUUGACUAACUAUGCCUGGGGUCUUCUAUAGUUUAGUUCAAGGAAAUGAUUUGUGUUAUUUCUUUAUUAAGUGUCACCCUGUCUUUUUGGAAUGCCAGUUGUUGAGAUUUAGGAUAUCCUUGAUAGACCUUUAAAGUUUCUUUUCUCUCAUUUUUUUCUGAUACUUUUGGAGGGUUCUCUUCCACUUUGCCUUUCAGUUCUUCUAUUGACUCUGUUAAUAUUUUGACCAUUAUACUCUUUUUGAAAACAUUUGACUAUUUAAUUGGCUGCACUGGGUCUUCUCUGACACACAGGCUCUAGACGCACAGGUUCAGUAGUUGUGGCGUGUGGGAUCUCCAGUCGUGACACAGGUUUAGUUGCCCCUCAGCAUGUGGGGUCUUAGUUCCCCAACCAGGGAUCAAACCACGUCCCCUGCUUUAGAAGGUGGAUUCUUAACCACUAGACCACCAGGAAAGUCCCUGGUCAUCAUAUUCUUAAUUUGCUAAUGCUCUUAUUCUGAUUAUUUUUCUUUUCUUUUUUUUUUAAAACAUUUGAUUCCUGUUUUGUGAAUUCAUUAUCAUCUUACAUCUGUUUGAAAGCACUAAUUAAAAUUUUGUUGAAGUUUUCUUUUCUACCCUGAAUUACCUACUUUCCCUCCAUUUUGUGUUCUACUUUAUUCGUUUCAGUCUUCAUGUUUGCCAAACUUUCUUCUGACAGGUUUUUUGUUUUUUAAUAUUUCAUAUUAAAUCUGAAAAACUGAUUGGAAGCUUUGUGUCUGGGCAGGAUCUGUUGAUAAGUGGCCUUUUUAGGUCAAGUAGAGAAUCAGCCCUUGUUUAAGAGGAUAUUUGUUUUAGAAGUCUGUUAUCUGGAGAAGAAACUUCUCUCCAGGUUGAUUCACUGUUGCUGAGUGGAUGUAACCAACUUUUUCUUAUCCAGUAGCUGCAUAGUAGUCUCAGCAUAUUUGACACCUGUGAAUUCAACCUUACUUAUGCUAAAUAGGCAGCAGCAUUUACAUAUUAGCAGGCAGCAGGGAGCAACUCCAGUUCUGAGUAAGACUCCACCCUGCCACUCAUACUGAUACAGUGUUAAAACUUGGACAAAAUGCACUGAGCAGCUGCUUGAGAAUUCUGAAAAGUAAACAGCAGGCAGAGCGGGAAAGAAGACCAUGGUUCACAGUACAACCAAACCAGUGGAAUAUAUUAAAGGAAUCUGUGAACCUGAACUAGAAGAAAGAGAAUGUUACCCCAAGGCCAUGCACUGCAUUUUUGUUGGGGCACAGAGCCUGUUUCUGAAGAGCUUGAUUCAGGACACCUGUGCCGAUCUCUGCAUUCUCGACAUCGGUCUCCUUGGCAUCAGAGGAAGUGCAGAAGCUGUGGUCAUGGCUCGGAGUCACAUUCAGCAGUUUGUAAAGCUCUUUGAGAAUAAUGAGAACCUACCCAACAGCCAGAAAGAAUCAGAGGUAAAAAGGGAAUUUAAACAAUUUGUUGAAGCCCGUGCAGACAGUUACACAAUGGAUUUGUUAAUUUUACCCACUUCCUUGAAAAAAGAACUCUUGGCACUCACCCAAGGUGAGGAGAAUCUAUUUGAAACAGGAGAUGAUGAUGUUGUUGAAAUUAGAGAUUCUACACAAGCAGAGUUUAUGCAGAAUGCUGCCACAGGGCUGACUAUUUCCAGAGAUGAAAUUGUUUUGCAGGAAGAUGCAAGAAAUAAAGCGGGGACUCCCGUUUCUGAGCUCACAAAACAAAUGGACACAGUCUUUUCUAGUUCACAAGAUGUACUUUUUGUUCCAAUAAAUGGUGUAACGCCAGAUGAAGAGGCACUUUCCAAAGACAGAGUUUGUCACAAAAGGAGGUUUUCUGAUUCUGAAGAAAGGCAUACCAAGAAACAGUUUUCUUUGGAAAAUGUUGAAGAGGGAGAGCUUCUACAUGAUGGUAAGACAUUAGCUGGAAGUGUAAUCAUUGACGUCUCUGAUUCUUCUACUGAGGCCGAAAAUUUAAGUCCAGACGUAAAAGACACUACUGAGGAAAUGGAGUACAACAUUCUUGUGAACUUUUUUAAAACCAUGGGCUAUUCCCAAGAAAUUGUUGAAAAGGUCAUUAGGGAGUAUGGGCCAUCUACUGAACCGUUAUUACUCUUGGAGGAAAUUGAAAAAGAAAAUAAAAGAUUCCAAGGAGACAGAGAACUUUCACCUGGUACUGUGUAUCCAGAGACCAGCAGAACCAAAAAUAAAGGUGUCUGUAGCAGCAUAAAUGAGCUUACAGCAGAUUCCACUCCAAAGAAAACACAAACUCACACACAGCAAAAUAUGGUGGAAAAUUUUUCUCAGUUACCAUUCAGAGUUGAAUCAAAACCAUGUACCUCAAAUUGCAAAAUUAAUACUUUCAGAACAGUGCCAGUAGAACAGAAACAAGAAACCUGGAGUUCAAAUCAGAACUACAUUUGUAACAUAGACCUUGAGACCGAUGGCCCUUUACCCGCUGUUGUCCCUUCAAGUCCCAAAGAAGUUGUCAGUUUUGUUUCAAGAGGAGCUUCAAGUCACCAGCCCAGAAUUCCGGUUUUUCCUGAAAAUGGUUUGCAGCAGCAAGCAGAACCUUUGCUUCCAAAUAGUAUGAAGUCUGCCUGUGAAAACCGCCCGAGGUGUUGUAGCUCUCCUCAGUCUAAGCCCGGCUGUCCACCCCUUUCUCCACCGAUGCCGCUCUCCCAGCUGUUACCUUCAGUUACUGAUGCUAGGUUGGCGGGACCUUCUGAGCAUAUUGAUUGCUCAGUUACAGGGGUUCAAAGAUUUCGAGAUACUCUGAAAGUGCCCUACAAGCUGGAAUUAAAAAAUGAACCAGGGAGGACGGAUUUGAAGCACAUUGUUAUAGAUGGAAGCAAUGUUGCAAUUACCCAUGGUCUGAAAAAGUUCUUUUCUUGUCGUGGAAUUGCAAUUGCGGUUGAAUAUUUUUGGAAGCUCGGCAACAGAAACAUCACUGUAUUUGUUCCACAGUGGAGAACAAGGCGGGAUCCUAAUGUCACAGAACAGCACUUCUUAACCCAGCUCCAGGAGCUUGGAAUAUUAUCUUUAACUCCUGCACGGAUGGUCUUUGGAGAAAGAAUUGCUUCUCAUGAUGACAGGUUUCUACUACACUUAGCGGACAAAACUGGUGGCAUAAUUGUAACAAAUGAUAACUUCAGAGAGUUUGUGACCGAGUCAGUCUCCUGGAGAGAAAUAAUUACAAAAAGAUUGCUCCAGUAUACCUUUGUGGGGGACAUAUUUAUGGUUCCUGAUGACCCUCUGGGAAGAAGUGGACCUCGAUUAGAAGAAUUUCUUCGGAAGGAAGUCUUCCUUAGCUCGGGUUCCAGUCUCGUGUCAUAUGUGGUUCCAGGGCUGGUGACAGUCAUCGGGGAAACGGAGCCUGGGCAGGCAGGGGGUUUGCCCAGAAACUGGUCAUCAGCACGCAGAGUAAGCCCUGGAGCUGCAGCACCCGAGCCCCAGGGCUUCUGGAAUCAGCCCCCUGCCACCUCCUCCCACAAGACUCCGCGCCGCAGACAGUGGCCUCUGGGGCUUUCCUUCCCACUCCCUCCACUGGUCCCCAGUGAGCCCGACUUGGCCUCGCAGCCUGAAACCCAGUCUGGGGUCAGGCCUGGGCAGGCCCUGCCCUCUCCCCUCGCGGCUCUCAGAGAGAGGAGGAGGGGGCCUCCCCUGAAAAGAAUGCGCUUGUCUGCCCGCCUGUCUGGCUCCGGGAUCAGUCUAGGGUUUCAGCCACCAAAAAAGGCUGCAGGAAGGAGAGGGCCUCCUGUGGUUGGCCGGGAGAAGCUACGGACACUGGCUCACACGACCUCCCAGACCAGAGGGUCCCUCGACGGCGACAGCAGGUCCCACCCCCACCUUGCAGCCCCUUCCCACUGAGGUGGUCAGGGCCCUGCCGCUUACUCCCAUUUUAAGGCUAAGGAACCUGAGGCCAUGGUAAGUGGUGGGCGGAGGGCUGAAGCCCCAGCACCAAAUCCUCUGCUCUGCUUGCCAGCCCCUCUCCCCCGUCCCCCAGCUGUCCCGAGCAGCCACUGCGUGCCUGGGGCAGUGCUGAGGGAGGGGAGGAGGCCAGAAGGGCCCUUUCCAAAGCACCCCAUGCUCCGCCGGCCCUAGCAGUGAAGGUGUGUGGGCCCUGCUCUGGCCCUUCUUGCUGUGUGAUCUAGAGGGAGUUACUCACCCUCUCAGAUGAGGCCAGUCCCCUCAUCUCUGAAUAAAAGUGAGGGCACCACCCUCAUAAUGGGUGGUUUUCAAUCCUGAUGUGCAUCAGAGCCACCUGGAGGAAGGGCUGUAAAUACGCUGGCACCCAGGCCUCACCCCAGACUGGGGAGAUCAGUGAAUGGAAGCCCAGGGAUCCCAGCGAGCCCCUGACUGAGAACCGACAUCCUGUGAAGAGUUGGUCCCUCCAGGAUGAAAUCCCAAGACAAGGGCCUGGCCCCUGACAGUCCUUCCCUUUCCUGACACCCACCUUCCUUCCCGCAUGUGGCUCCAGCAAGGGCUCGUCCUCAAAGUCUCAUCCAACUUCCAGUAUUUUACAAAUCCUCGGCCCCGCAGAGGCAACACUCGGAGCAGGAGGAGAGCAGAGGGAGCGGGGGGAUGGGGCCCUCUCUCCUGUGACCAGUGGCUGGAGCUGGCUUGGCCAUUUCUCCCACCACCAGCCCAGCUGUGUGUCCUCGCUUCCCGGCUCUACUUACACCUGGGGACGGUUUUGAACGAGGACAGAGUGGAGCUCCUGGUGACCUCCUAGCACAUCGGCCUCUUUUCUACCAAGCAGGGGCCUUCCUGCCACCCGUUACCCGCCCUGUAGACCCCUGUCACUGCUCCACACGUGCUGACAGGGCCUGGGAGCCCAGCAGGGUCAAUGCAUGCCUUGAAGACAGGAGGAGUCCGCCACAUGAAGACCUCCUAUUUCAACAGGCAGAGGCCAGCGGGCUUGGGCUCCAGCAGCCCCCAGCUGCUAGGUGAAGCAAGCCCUCGUCCAGAUCUCAUCUGCUGCCCCGCUGGGAGAGGCGGUGUCUUCCUUCAGAUUGUUUCUAGUCGUCUGACACUUCCAGCUUUCUUGGCCCAGGGCCUGAACAUGAGCUUUGAGCAUCAGUCUGAGCAUCACCAGCAGAUGGAAGUUGUGCUGUGUGGGGACAAUGGAAGGUGACUGGCUGAUGGCACAAGCCAGCUGAUGGGAAGAGGCCCUCAUCCGCCACAGCGCUGGUGGCAUCAGGGGGCUUCCUGCCUCGGAAGUCUCAGCAUCCAGCCCGAAGCCGUCUGCCGCUGCCACGUGAGAAUUACCGUCAGAAUUACUGUCCCAGCUUCACCCACCUUGGGGCCUCCAUAUCCGCCAUCACUGUCAAGGUGACUCCCAGGAAAGUCUGAGGCCUGGGGUUGAGAGCCCUCCCAACAGGAAGUGACUUGACGACAUGAGCCUCGACCCUCUCCCUUCCCCACGGCCCCAUCCAGAUUGAACCCAGACCCCAUUUGUCUGGUCUUUCCAGGUGUCCUUCACAGUCCCAUCCGCAGCUGUUCACCCUCUUCCUACUUGGGUGGGUCUCUACAACUCCCCAUUGGGGCAGGCAAGAAUGAUUCCCCUAUCCUACAGAUGUGAAAACAGAGGCAGGGCUGUUCUGAGAUGAGACCUGCAGGGCCAAGACUUGAACCCUUGUGUCCACACGCCUGUGAAUAACUGUCCAGUGAAUGACUAUCCAGUGAAUAACUCCGGAAGCCACAGUGGGGUGUCCAUGCAUCCACUCACUGAUGUCAGUCUCUAGUCCCUUCUGAGUAUGACUUUUCUGCUGGAAUGGGCAAUGAUAGGGGGCUGACCGCCUACCUGGGCGAGGAGACCAGAGACAGAAGUGUGAGUGUGGUGGAUGGGGGUCAGCCUGGUGGAGGGGGUGGGGCUGUGGAUGGAGAGCGCUCAGGGCAGAGGAACAGCAGCUGGAGAGGAAGACCAUAGGGGAGGCUGAUGACAUCAGGGAAGAGGGCUUGCUUUGUCCUAAGGGACGUGUUCUGCCUUCUUAUUUCUCUGAAUUUUGGGCCAGCUGGGGUACACAGUCCACUCUUGGGAAAAGCCUUCCCCAAGCCUGUACCCGCACCUUGCAGACAGCCCUUGCUCCAGCCCUUCCUGGCUCUUGGAACGGAAAGUUGGCCUAAGUUUCUGGCUGACCCAGCUCUGCUCCUGCGGUGGGUAGAAGGGGUCACUGGGGAUGGGCUCCACCCAAGGAAUCCCCACUGGGCUCCCAGGAGACACCCCAGGAGCCCCACCUGUUAGCAGCAUGUGGUGGCCUUUCACCAAAUGGUCACGCCUGGACCUUCCCCCAAGACUGCUGGGCAGCAACACCUUGAGCCCUCCAUUUGUCGCUUCCCUAAAGAGCCAGGACCAAGGGGUGUUCUGUCCAGCCGCCUGUGACUGCCGAGUUGCAGGGCCUUCCCUGGUAUAAGAAAGGCACUUUGGCUCCUCUCUGGGAAAAGGGCAAUUUGGCUUUUCUAGGGGCAGAGAUUCGUUCCUAAUCACUACAGUGUAUAACCUCCCUAACUUCUGCACGCCUCGGUUUUGGUCAUCUCCAUUUCGCAAGAUAAUGCCUGUUGUCUGCCUUAUAUUAAUCAAACAGACUUAAUUCCUUUGUCCUUUUUUUAAACUUUUUUGUUUUAACCAAAUUCAUUUGUUUAUUAAGUUACUGGGUUUUUAUUAUGUGCCAAGCAGCAUGUUUUGCUAAAUUCAAUAUAAUUCAUGAGGGAAAUAAAAAGCUCAAGAAAGAGAUCACUCUAAUUCAUAAAGCAGUUUCAUUGCAAAAUUUGCAAACCAAGUGAUUUCGGAUAAGCUUUUGUUAAUAAAAUAUUUUAAAUCUGA